GCUCCAGAUGGUGUUUAAACGCAGACAGAAGGCUCCAGAGGGGACAGAGAGAGAGUGAGAGAGCGAGGCGGAGGAGGCGAGAGAGAGAGCCGCGGUUAGUGCGCACUGUGGGCUCGCCAGCUCCAUUUAUCAGCCAGGACAACAACAACAAAAAAACAAGUCUAGAUUUCAGCACCGAAGACAACAUGAACGCUUUGAGAAGAAGUCGCGCCGCUGGCAACAAAGCCUGACAAGGAGAAGGAGAGGAAGGACGCCUUUUUUUUAUUAUUUUUUAUUUUUUUAUUAUACAUUUAAAAACUCAAUACCAUUGAAAAAAAAGAAGGAAUUAUCCCAGUCGGACGUGUUUGGAUUCUGUCCCCACCCUCACCCCCUUCUCUUCCCUAUCCUUAAUUCCUGCAAGCUGAACUAAAGAAAGUCGAGACGCACCCUUGCAGGAUCCGCAUCUUUCAAUACUGGCUUUUUAUUUUUUAUUUUUUUUAUUAUUGGGACUCACCGGGAGAUUUAUAGUUGAUCAUGACUGAGACGGUGGAUUUCUACGGACGGGGCGAGUUGUGAUAAGAAAACCAAAGACAUCAUCAUCUCCGUGGUUGACCUUUUUUUUUUUUUUUUUUUUUUUACCCCGCCAUCAGACGAGAUUCCAAGCUGGAAGGGGAAAGUUGAAUCUUCAUGUUUUGAUGGGUUCUAGAGCCUCUCCUUCCUGACAGUAGUGCAUCCGGAACGGUUUUUGCAUGCUGUCGACGCAGAUAACGAGGAUUGAGUUCUAGAAACUGUGGAUUACCUCAGCCUGACCUCGACCCUUCACAGCAGAGUAGCAGAGUGCAGAAGGUUGGAACAAUGCCAGAUUCACCUGCGGAUGUGAAAACCCAGCCCAGGUCCACCCCACCCACCAUGCCUCCUCCACCCCCGGCUGUCAGCCAAGCAACCAGCCGUAAUGCCUCGUUCACCCCCACCACCAGUAAAUCAAUGCUAAACGGGAGCAGCCACUCUCCCACCUCGCUGAACGGCGCCCCGUCCACGCCGAACGGCUUCAGUAACGGGCCGGCCAUGUCGUCCACGUCCUCGCUCUCCAACCAGCAGCUCCCGCCGGCCUGCGGCGCCCGGCAGCUGUGCAAGCUGAAGCGCUUUCUGACCACGUUGCAGCAGUUCGGCAACGACAUCUCGCCCGAGAUCGGGGAGCGAGUGCGCAGCCUCGUGUUGGGGCUGGUGAACUCAACACUAACCAUUGAAGAGUUUCAUUCCAAACUUCACGAAGCUACCAACUUCCCCCUAAGGCCUUUCGUCAUUCCCUUCCUGAAGGCUAACUUGCCCUUGCUGCAGAGGGAGUUGCUGCACUGUGCCAGGCUGGCCAAGCAGACGCCGGCACAAUACCUGGCCCAACACGAGCAGCUCCUCCUGGACGCCAACGCCAGCUCGCCCCUGGAUUCCUCCGAGAUCAUGAUGGAGAUGAACGAGCACGGCAAGAGAAGGACCCCUGACAGGACCAAAGACUCCUCGGACAGAGACGGCCUGCACCCCGAGCACCUGGCGAAGAGGCCCUGCACCAUAAGCCCCAACCAGCGCUUCAGUCCCAGCACGGGCCUCCCCGCUCACCCGCCUCCCAACGGCCUGUCCACACACCCCCCCAACGGACUGCCGCACGCACCCAACCAUCAAAUGGCCCCUCAGCACUACCGCCUGGAGGACAUGGCGCUGGCGCACCAGUACCGAGACGCCUACAGACACAACGAACACCGGGACGGCCGAGAGAGGCACCGACAAACAGCGGCGCAUGGCGCCCGCCAAGAGGAAGUGAUCGACCACCGUCUAACAGAUCGAGAGUGGGCGGAAGAGUGGAAGCACCUCGAUAAUCUGCUAAACUGUAUCAUGGACAUGGUGGAGAAGACGCGGCGCUCUCUGACCGUGCUGCGACGCUGCCAGGAGGCCGACCGAGAGGAGAUGAACCAUUGGAUACGGCGCUACAGCGACGUGGAGGAGAUGAAAAAAGGUGGGAGCAACGGACAGCACUGCCUUCCUCCUCCUCCUCUUCCUCCUACUCCUCACCACAACUCCUCCUCCAACACAGCUAGCAGCAGCGAGACUCUGUCCAAAGGAGCUUCCUCGGCUGCUGAAAGGCAGACAGGCAGGCAGACAGAGAUCCACAGAGACUUUCUACACAGACCUCCAUCGGGAUACCUGCCAGAGGAAAUCUGGAGAAAAGCUGGUACUACAAGCAUCCCGCUCUCCCCAGCACUAAAGCACCUCCAAAACAAGCAAGAAGAAGCCGUGAAUGAAGUGAAGCGACAGGCCAUGUCGGAGCUGCAGAAGGCCGUGUCAGACGCCGAGAGGAAAGCUCAUGAGAUGAUUUCGGCGGAACGCUCGAAGAUGGAGAGGGCGCUGGCCGAGGCCAAGAGGCAAGCCUCUGAGGACGCGCUAACUGUCAUCAACCAACAGGAGGACUCCAGUGAAAGCUGCUGGAACUGCGGGAGGAAAGCCAGCGAAACGUGCAGCGGCUGCAACACGGCCCGCUACUGCGGCUCCUUCUGCCAACACAAAGACUGGGAGAGGCACCACCACGUCUGCGGUCAGGGCCUGCAGGGUAUGCCGGGGGCCAGCGGCGUCCCCCUCGGCACCCCGUCCUCGUCCUCGUCCGGCGGGGCGCCCCCGACGCACUCGGAGGGCACCGCCCCGGGUCCGCUCUCGCUGGCGGCGGGCCAGAUGGCGGCCUCCGGCGGCGGCGGCGGGAGCGUGUCGGCCAGCCCCAAGGAGAGCAGUUCAAGCAGUGCCUCGCGCUCCACCACCCCGGCCACACCCGCCCUGCUGGACGCCACGUCUCGCUGACCCCCUCGACCGCCCUCCACGCAAAACCAAACUGAGGAAUCUUCGUCGCACAUUGGCCCCUUUUCCUCCUUUCCUCCAUUUUUUUCUGAAAAUCCGGUUACCCCUGACUACCCCCGCCCCAGUUUGAGUGUCGUCGUGUAAGUGAUAAGUGACAUGUUUGCUGAGAACUCGACUAAGACGAAAGCACGGUCAAUUAAGAUAAGAGCUGUGGCGAGGCAUCAUCCUCCACGGGGGAAGACAGGACCAAUUAGCACUUCAAGUCCCUUUUAAUUACGCACCAGUGAUAACAGUACUUAGAUCCGUUACCAGGAAAAGGGUCUCCGAAUAGGGUUAAAACCUUGCGAUGCAAUUACCUCCUCACGAAACUCAACUUAGUAGUCACGAAGCAUCUCUUCUAUUUUUCUGGCUUUAAAAGGGGGGGGGGGAGAAAAAAACAAAAACAAAGACAAGUCCAAAUAGUCUAAAACAAGAGAAAGUUUUAAACUGCUAACUACCUUGCUAGCGAGCCAAGAAAAAGAAAAAAAUCUACGCCGGACUCACCUCUCUGAACCCAAAUGAAUUCAAAGAUGAAGAACACACACACAAAAAAACAAAAACUUUGUAUUACACUGCCAAAGUAAGUGAUUAGGAGAAGCACUCAUAACCAAACGCAAAGCAACAUCACCUCCUCAGCAGAUAAGGCAGGCCGAGCGAGAGCGAGCGAGAGAGAUAGAGAGGCUCCGGUGUGCAGCCGCCUUCUUCUGAACCGUGGACGAGACUUCAGCGAAACCCUCCAGCGAUGACUGUUGAACUAUGGACGACGCUGUGAAACGGACCGAGGCCUCACCACAAUAAGAGUUGGGUGAGCGGAACAGGAAGGGGAAAUCUACACGGACUCAGCCGAGAUUAAAGCCGCUUCAAUGUAGCUACCAAAACCCCUGUGUGUUACGUGUCGGACUUAAAGGAAUCCAGCAGGGGUCAGCGUCUAUUUCGGUCAGUAAAAAUGUCCUUUUAAUGAAUGGGAAUUGGAAAAAAACAAAAAUAAUUGAUUUACUUGAUUUUGUUUUAUUUUGAAAUACAAAAAAAAGUAUUGAAAAACAAAGGUUUUGCUUUUCUUUUUUUUUGCAUCAAAAAGCAAUAAUUUGGAUUAAUCAUGAUUGCAUGGUUUCAAUUAAUUUACAAAAUAGCCCAAUAUUUGGAUACGAAAUGCAAUUUAUUUUUAGAAUGUGAAUUGGAAGAAAAAAAAACAACAAAAAUAAUUGAUUUACUUGAUUUUAUUUUAUUUUGAAAUACAAAGAAAGUAUUGAAAAACAAAGGUUUGGUUUUUUUUGCAUCAAAAAGCAAUCAUUUGGAUUAAUCAUGAUUGCAUGGUUUCAAUUAAUUUACAAAAUAGCCCAAUAUUUGGAUACAAAUGCAAUUUAUUUUUAGAAUGGCAAUUGCAAAAAAAAAAAAAAUGGUUUACCUUAAUUUGAAUUUGAAAUACAAAAAAAUAAAAUAAUUGAAAAACACAGCAGGGUUUUUUCUCCACGUCAAAAAGCAAUAUCUAGAUCUAGAUAUUAUAGUUCAUAUAGCAAAAACAAAAAUCAGCGAAAAUGAAAAAAUGGACCAAAACCAGAUUUUUUUUUUAGUGCUGUCAAAAUAAAAAAAAAUUAAAUCAGAUUAAUCACACUUUAUAAUUGGAAUUACUUGUGAUUAAUCACAGAUUUUUUGUCGCUUGUAUAGUUUAAAUAAAUUACAAAAUAGCCCCAAUAUUUGGAUACAAAGGCAAUUUAUUUUUAGAAUGGGAAUUGCAAAAAAAUAAAAGGUUUACCUUCAUUUUAAUUUGAAAUACAAAAAAAAUAAUAAUUGAAAAACACAGCAGGGGUUUUUUCCACGUCAAAAAGCAAUAUCUAGAUCUAGAUAUUAUAAUUCAUACAGCAAAAACAAAAAUCAGCGCAAAUGAAAAAAUGGACCAAAACCAGAUUUUUUUUUUUUGUGCUGUCAAAAUAAAACACAUUUAAAUCAGAUUAAUAACACUUUAGAAUUGUAAUUACUCGUGAUUAAUCACAGAUUUUUAGUCGCUUGUAUCGUUGAAAUUAAUUUACGAAAUAGCCCAAUAUUUGGAUACAAAUGCAAUUUAUUUUAGAAUGGGAAUUGCAAAAAAAAUAAAAGGUUUACCUUCAUUUUAAUUUGAAAUACAAAAAAAAUUAUAAUUGAAAAACACAGCAGGGGUUUUUUCCACGUCAAAAAGCAAUAUCUAGAUCUAGAUAUUAUAAUUCAUAUAGCAAAAACAAAAAUCAGCGCAAAUGAAAAAAUGGACCAAAACCAGAUUUUUUUUUAGUGCUGUCAAAAUAAAACACAUUAAAAUCAGAUUAAUCACACUUUAGAAUUGGAAUUACUCAUGAUUAAUCACAGUUUUUUAGUCUCUUGUAUCGUUGAAAUUAAUUUACAAAAUAGCCCAAUAUUUGGAUACAAAUGCAAUUUUGUUUUCAUUUUAAUUUGAAAUACAAAAAAAAAAACUAUUGAAAAACAGAACAGGGUUUCUUUUCAUGUCAAAAAGCAAUAACUAUUUCUAGGUAUUAUAAUUCAUAUAGAAAAAACAAAAAUCAUCAAUCAGCAGAAAUAAAUGGACCAAAACCAGAUUUUUUUUUUUAGUACUGUCAAAAUAAAACACAUUUAAAUCAGAUUAAUCCCACUUUAGAAUUGGAAUUACUCGUGAUUAAUCACAGAUUUUUAGUCGCUUGUAUAGUUGAAAUUAAUUUACAAAAUAGCCCAAUAUUUGGAUACAAAUGCAAUUUAUUUUCAGAAUGGGAAUUGUAAAACAAAAACUGGUUUACCUUCAUUUUAAUUUGAAAUACAAAAAAAAUAAAAAUAUUGAAAAACAGAACAGGGGUUUUUUUCAUGUCAAAAAGCAAUAACUAUUUGUAGGUAUUAUAAUUCAUAUAGAAAAAACAAAAAUCAUCAAUCAGCAGAAAUGAAAAAAUGGACCAACACCAGAUUUUUUUUUAGUGCUGUCAAAAUAUGUUUUUUGUUUUUUUUUAAUCAGAUUAAUCACACUUUAGAAUUGGAAUUAUACUUGAUUAAUCACAGAUUAUUACUUACACUUUGAUUUAGACUUAGACAAACUUUAUUGAGCCACAAGGGAAAUUGUUCCACACAGUAGCUUGGUUAAUGGAAAGGAUGGAAAGGGUAAGGUUGGAAAGGAUAAUGCACACACGGGCAAAAAAAAGAGGGCGAAAAUGAAAGGUAUAACACUUAGAUAGUGUAAAUUAUUAUACAAAAGAGUCCAAUAUUUGGAUACAAAAGCAAUUUAUUUUCAGAAUGGGAAUUGCAAAAAAAAACUGGUUUACCUUCAUUUUAAUUUGAAAUACAAAAAAACGAAGAAGAAACGAAAAAUGGACCAUAUCCAGAUUUUUUUUAGUGCUAUCAAAAGAUUUAAAAAAAUGUCAGAUUAAUCACACUUCAGAAUUGGAAUUACUCGUGAUUAAUCACAGAUUAUUACUUGCUUGUAUAGUUGAAAUUAUUUUACCAAAUAGUCCAAUAUUUGGACACAAAUGCAAUUUUACUGUCAGCAUGGGAAUUGAUGUAAACCACAACAAAAAACACCUCAAUUUAAAUAAUUACCUUAAUUUUAUUUUGAACUACAAAAUAACACAUUUUGAAAACAUAGAGGUUUUUUGCGUCAAAAAGCAUACAUAACUAGAUCUACAUUUUAUAUCUCAUACAACAAAAAUAAAAAUCAUUAAUCAGCAGAAACUAAAAAAAAUUGGAGAAAAAAAACAGAUUUUUUUUAGUGCUGUCAGAAAAAAAAAAUCAGAUUAAUCAUACUUUAGAAUUGGAAUUGCUCCUGAUUAAUCACAGAUUAUUAGUCGCUUCUAUAGUUUAAAUUAUUUUACAAAAUAGUCCAAUAUUUGGACAUAAAUGCAAUUUUACUGUCAGAAUGAGAAAUGAUAAAAACAACAAAAAAACUAGUUUACCUUAAUUUUACUUUGAACUACAGAAAAAAAGACAUUUUAAAAACAUAGGGGUUUUUUGCGUCAAAAAGCAUACAUAACUAUAUCUAUAUUUUAUAUCUGAUACAACAAAAAUAAAAAUCACCAAUCAGCAGAAACUAAAAAAAAUUGGAGCAAAAUCUGAUUUUUUUUUUAGUCCUAGCGAAAAUAUAAAUUUUUAAUCAUAUUAAUCACACUUUAGAAGUGGAAUUGCUCCUGAUUAAUCACAGAUUAUUAGUCGCUUGUAUAGUUGAAAUUAUUUUACAAAAGAGUCCAA